GAUGUAAGUAAUGGCGAUGUGGAUCUGUUGCCUGGAGAAAGACUUCUCGACCUUGAGUAUGCGGACGGUAUUGUCUUACUGUGCGAUAAUGCCCAAGGCAUGCAAUCCUCACUUAAUCAGUUGACAAUCAGUGUCCGUAGGUAUGGUAUGUGCUUUGCACCUUCGAAGUGCAAAGUACUUCUACAAGACUGGCAGGAUUCCAAUCCUGUACUCACCCUGGAUGGUGAGCAGAUAGACGUAGUCGAGAAGUUCGUGUAUCUGGGUAGCUGCAUAAGUGCUGGUGGUGGCAUGAGUGAUGAGAUCAAUGCACGAAUAGUGAAAGCCAGAGUGGCUUAUGCCAAUCUGGGCCAUCUUUGGCGCCUUCGUGAUGCUAGUCUGUCUGUAAAAAGUCGGAUCUACAACGCGUCGAUGAGAGCAGUUCUGUUCCAUGCUUGUGAAACAUGGCCUCUCCGAGUUGAGGAUGUUAGACAAGUCUCUGUGUUCGAUCAUCGCUGUCUCCGAAGGAUUGAUGACAUUCAUUGGCAACACCAUGUCAGUAAUGCAGAAGUUCGGCAUCGUGCGUCCGGGCACAGAGACGAUAAUGCAAUCUAUGUCACCAUUUUGAAACACCGACUUCGGUGGCUUGGACAUGUUCUACGAAUGUCGUCCCAGAGAAUUCCACGUCGUGCAUUAUUUGCCGACUCUGGGACUGGUUGGAAGAAGCGGAGAGGUGGUUAGUGCAUGACAUGGUGUCGUGGCAUGAAAGAAAUCUGCAAAGGACUGGCUUGUGUUGGUCCUUCACGACUCCCUGGUUGGGGUCCGAGAGAUGGUGCUACACAGUGGCUAGAGACGUUAUCAGAUAUGGCUCAGAAUAGAAGCCAGUGGCGAUCCUGCUGUAACCUUCUUUUACUUUCUUCAUAAAAA